UUCCGGGUUUUUGGAACGCGCAGGGGGGCCGGUUAGAACGCGGGGGUCCUCCACGUGGCUUCUCUCUCGUUUUUGUCCGGAGGCUUUACCACGGAGGACGAGCAAGUUACGGACAAGUUCACCACGAUCCUCGAGUUUCAAUGACUCACACAGCCGGGAAGUUUUCGCCGUGUGGUAACUUUUUUGGACGUUACUCUCCGUUGCUUCAGUAUUGUAAAGCACGGGGCUGGACCUUUGUGCGGACGAAGAGGUGGCGCCGCUUCCUAGAUCGGGGAUAGAGAGACAUGAUGGUGAUGUAGCUGACUCAGGAACCAGUUCGCACUGAGCACAUAUGUGAUGACCACAUGGAAAUACCAGUGGUUGAUGGAGAAGGAUGGGAGAUGUAGUUGUAGGUGGCGGAGCAACUUUGCUGAUGUGGUCGAGGAAAGAGGACGCAUUCACUGGCCGCCCACCUCUCCUUGUCGUUUCGAAAUUGUUGCACACUGCAGCUCUCUGUUUGAUGUACCAUCCACUGAAAGGGCCUGACUGAUGGUGUGCGGUGCUUACUGAUGAGAUGCCAAACACUGACUGGAGACCUUCCUUCUGUGAGAGGCAGGUGUACUGUCGAGUGGCCCUUCCAGAUCUGGCUCUCUUGGCUCUUCCUCCACACACACGACAGUGGAGAUCGAGCUGUUUCUUGUGUAUUAUGUACAUAUUUUGUACUGGCUUUUCCCCUGCUAUUUGGAGUGGCGCCACUAAACGCUUUUGUUUUCACAACUGUUUUGCGCUUAUGCAAGCCGUUUCUAGUGUAGUAUAUACUGCGCAGGAAAACUUACAGGGCUUCAGUGUGACUGACCAAACUAUGCGGUUCUUU